UUUAUAUUUAUUUACAGUUCAUUACGUUCUGUCAUUGAAAAACCCCCGAUUGGAGGAAAGGAAAUUUUACCAUUAACAACUCAUCAAUUAGCUGGAUUUCGAUUACAUCCAGGACCAUUGCCAGAACAGUAUCGCUAUGCUAAUCAACCGCCUACUAAGAAACAUAAAAACAAACACAAAAAGAGUAAAUACAAAAGUGGUGAAGCCCUUUCACAAGAUAUGGCAGCUAAUGAAUUAGGGUUAGGUGAUAUUCACGAAAAGAAGCAUAAAAAACAAAAACGUCACGAUGAUGAUAAAGAACGGAAAAAACGGAAAAAAGAGAAAAAAAAGAAAAAACAAAAACACAGUCCAGAACAUCCAGGAAAUACAACUCCUGGACAACACUCGAACUGAAAGAAUUUUUUCCUCAAUUACAUAUUUUAACUUUGAAUUUGUUUUCAAUCAGUCAUGAAUAAAUAUUAAAUACUAAUAAAAUGUA